GGGGGGGGGGGGGGGGUGGGGCAUCGUUGGUGCCAUAAUGUUUUUGCGUGUGGUCGCGCGCGGCCAGGUGCUGCCUUCGGCGCGGGCUCGGUGAGGCGACGGUUCACACGGACUCGCAAGGUGAGGGAGGUGCUGGCCGGCAAGGGGCCUGGCAGAUGUCGGUCUGGAGCCCUUGCAGUUUUCUUUUCAGAAUUUUUUUUUUCUCUUAUUUUCUUCUUUUCCUGUCCCCCCCUUGCUAUCGCGGCCCAAACACCCCUGGCUGGCGUUGAGGCGAAGUCGACGCUUUGGUCCUAUGGUAGACGAUAUCUGCCGACACUCAAAAUGAGCCACUCCGGUCUGUGGUGUUGUUGACGGUUCGAGGAGCGGAAUCCAACAGGAGCGGGUGCGCGCCAAGGGCUGCGAGGCGGGAAGAAGAGCUGGGGGGUUCCGGGCUCAUCGGCUUGGUCAUGCAGUCUCGCUAAUGCUGACGCGGCCGAUGCGAGAGCGAUCAACUGCGCAGGCCUAGCAUGGCCGAUUAAGUGCAAAGGAGGAGGUUGGAGGCGAUGAAUGGAUGAGUUGGCGCUACGAUGCAACAACAAGCCAUCUCUCUGCUUGAUGGAUGCUUGACUAGCUGGUACGACCCGAGCGAAUGAAGCGCCAGGGGUAGCAGGCGGCGGCGGCGGCGGCGGCGACGACAACGAUGUUGGCCUGGAUCAGGUCGCGUGUACGUGUGUGAGUAUCCGUAGGCAGUAAACAGGAUGACGAGGCUGUUUGGUGAUGACGCUUUGGCAAAUGGCAGUUGGCGACGACGGCCGGAGAAGAAGGCAAGGUGUGCGCCUGAGGCAGGUUGUCGGGGAAGGAGGUCAGGUCGGUCAGCCGGACAGAGGCUCUCUUAUCGAAGCCAAAGUCGUCAUGCAUGCAGCACCCAAACAUGGGAGACCGAUAUCCGUACACACUGCAGAAAACAGGCAAUAGGGAACAUAAGGCAGCAAGAUGGAUGGAUGUCAGACAUAGACAGACAGUCAGGUGCAAGUACACAUGAGAAACCAGAAAGGGCCUGGUGGGGGAAGUUGACUCGACGGCUGCACAAGCACAAGCACUUGGAGACCUUGCAUGCACGAUCGAUCACGUUCAACAAUGGGGGGGAUGACGAGCAUCAAAGUGCAAUUUUUUUUUUGUCGGAUUCGACACGAUACUCUAGCGUGAUUUGUUCCCUCGUCUACUUCCUUCCCUGCGCCAUCCGAAUUUUGGGGUUGGGGCUGGGGUAAGGGGGGGUAGGGCGCAGAGCAGCGCGUAUUGGACGGGGAAGAGAGAAUGAGGGUGAGGGUGAUGAGGAUGAUGAUGAUGAUGAUGAAAGUGCACUAGGUACACUGCGCAUAUUCACACCCUCAUGAAAUGCACCAGUCAAAAGGAGGCUCAAGUGUGAUGCAGCAGGUGAUGGGAGACAUGACUUGCAGCCAUCAAUCAGGCCGUGUUCCGUCUUCAUCAAGUGACCGACCAGCAAGCGCCGGGCGAGGAGGUGAAGCUGCUCGCCUGUACGGAUACUGACUGUACUAUACAGACAGAUACGGAUACUUGGUAUGGGAUUGGAAAAGAGGAUAACGAAGUUCAUGCCUGG